AACAAAAACCCUAGGAAACGAGAAGAAGUGAGAGCGAGAGAGAUGACGCAGAAGGCGACGCAAUUCAAAGGGCAGCAGAAGAGGAAAACAAUACCUCCGAACCGCCAUGGAAAGAGCGUUCAAACUCGCAAGGGGAAGCGAAACGUGAAGCCCGCUAAGUUCACCAAGGACAUGGACGCCGAUAGGGAGAUAACAAAGUUCAUAAACCACUGCAAUGAGGUGAAGGCGGCCACUGCUGCAAACAAAGAAGGUGGCCAACUAAGUAUUGUCAAAUCAGCUCCAGAGUCGGAUAAUGGUGGAAAACAAUAGUAGUUUCCAAGCUUGCAAAGUUGUGGAUGUAGAGAAUACAGAUUGUCUGCAAAAAAGUCUAAACCUGACAUUGUUGAACAUCUUUUGUGCUGAUGUUGUACCAUUAGAUUUUCUUGUUCAGCUUCAGUGCAUUUCAUACAUUGUAGCUUGUUAACAAUUCAGGCCUAAAGUUUUGGGGUAUGUCGUUUUUGACUAGUACCAUUUGAAGAUUUGGUUUUGACUCUUGAGUUAUGGAUUGUUUCAAGGGGGUGAUAUGAAUGUUUUCUUUGUACCUAAAACUAGAAAGUUUACAAAGAAUUGUAUGUUGUGAUCUUGUGAUUUGUAAAUGCAUACUACGGUUUCAAAUCUUCUACCAGAAAAUAAAUGGUUUUGGAUCGCCAU